AUGGCAAGAACCAACGUUUCGAGAUUCGUAAAGCCCAACACAAAAGGCUCCAAAAGACGGCGCCGUGAUGCACCGGCCUACGAAGAGGAGAUUUCGGAUGCGGACAACGAGCUUUCCGAUGACGAAUUUGAGGGCGAUGAAAUGUAUGGUCCUCACAGUACACCCGACGCUUUCGAUGACUUCAGCUCCGUACUGAACGCUCUGCCAGAGCCUCAGCCUCUGUUCCAUUUCCACAUCUGUCGUGACUCACAUCCUCUCCACGGUACAAAAGGUAAGUCUGAUGGCUGGGCCAAUGCCUCAUACCUUCUCUGGGAAAUGUGUGCUAUUCUCGCUGCAGCUGGAACUGAUUAUGAAUGGACUGUCAAGUUUGAGAAACACCUUCCCACAUGGCAGAAGAUUCAACAACAGGUUAAGACUUAUGGCUUUACACAUUUCUCGUCAGAGAUUCCUGCCGCACCGGCCGACCUUGCUUUUGUUAGACUUCCCAAAGAAGACAGGAGCUUUGAGAUUGAGCAAGACCCGCAUGGAGACGUUCAGGAUAGCUCGGAUGUUUGGGCUCUUUGGCGUUACAUUAUCGAGAUGCCUGUUGCGGAGGAGAAGUUGUUUGAGGUCAGACUUGUGGAUUCUGAUGUGUCCGUAAACUGA